UUAUUUAUAACGUCUUUAACGGUAGAAUGCUCAAUGUCAAUACUUGUUCGACUAGAAUAGGAGAAAUCCAUUUUCAUUCGCAUGAAGAAUGGCGGUGGAUGUAAAGAGCGUUCAAACUCCAUCACAGCGUAUAUACGCAUUCGCCAUCAUCGGUGGGAUGGGAUACAACCCGAGGAAAAAAAACCCACUUGCUGUUUAUUGUUAUGUGUCAGCGAUUACGUUCUAUUUGUUUCCGUCUAUCAUUGGUUCUUUCUGUCACGUAUUCAGCGACGACACCAGUGCGAUGAGAGUCGAAGCGUUCCAGAUUACAUGUUCCGUCUUGAAUAUCCUUUUCAGGCACCUCAACGUCCUCUUGAGAAUCCGGUUCGUUAUGCGUAUGGUUGAAGAGUUGGACGAAAUGUGGGCAGAAAUGAUCGGAGAAAAUAUUAUCCCCGAUGAAUUUGUAAAGGUGGAUGCUCGACUAAAACGUUUCAUGGUGUCCAACUUAGUUUUCUAUUUGGCUCCUAUGACUUUGAUCGUAGCCGAAUGGCUUAGAAUCAACUAUGGUCUCUCCGCGGAAGAAAUUAGAUGGCUGUAUCCGAUAAGUACUCCAUUUCCAAACGAAUGGGUUUAUUCUGUAUUUCUCGCCCAACUGCUUGUCUCCCUAGUGGUUCUUAUGAGCGAUGCUGGUUCCAUUAAUAUUCUUUAUGGUGCUACCUUAUACAUCGGCCACUUCCUGAACUGUCUGCAGGAGAUGGUGAAGACGAGAGAAAAUUUCGAUGAACGCAUUUUCAAAUUCCACAUAAAAAUUUUGAGGCAAGUUAGUUACUACAACAAUUUUUUUUCGGCGUCUUGCUUUUUCGUCGUUCUAGUAAACGGCUUUGAAGUAUCAGUGAGAAUUUACCGUGCAAUGACAAAUGAAGGUAACGAUUUUUUACAAAACGCUAUAUUCUCGCUGGUGCUCUUAUUCCCGCCUUUCGUGAUCAGCUACUGCGGUUCCCACCUCUGGUCCCAGAACGAGAUACUGUUUCUGCAAACGUACCAAAACGAGUGGUACGUCCAAACAAUCAAAAGGAAGAAAGAACUGUGGUUCUUGAUGAAAAUUGCGUCCCGUCCUGUAACAUUUCAUUUCCACGACUUGUGCACGUUUGGCAUGCCACAAUUUACUUCGUUCUGUCAAGGAAUAUUAUCAUACAUAGCGCUGCUUAAGUUUUUCCUAAAUGAGAGAUGAGAAAGGAAAGAGAAAUUCAUAGAACGCAAUUAGCUUGUUUGAAAUUAGGGCUUACGAUUUCAUGAUUUGUCACACCUUGUUGUUUUGCGGUAUAAUAUUUAUUUCAGUUUUAAAAAAGUUAGCACGUGUGUAUGUAAUACGUAAUUUUCAAAUUAAGUUAUGUUACGCUAAAAUUAAGUUGUAGCAUAUAGUGCAAUUAAGAUUUUUUGCUUCAAAUUUUUUAUUAUUCCAUAACAUACCAGUGAAUCAAAAACCCAACACUGUAAUAUUUUUUAAAAAUAUUUGUAUAGUAUUGUAAUAUAC